GAGAGAGCGAGAGGAAACUGAUUCGCUCUCAGAUGUUUUAACGCUGACGCGCAUACCUUUCAGCGUCACUGUCUAUCCAUGUAGCCUACCUGAUAGGAAACUGAAAUUCAACUUGAUAGCACAUUGGAAUAAAUCGGAGAACUUGCUUUUUCUUCCAUUCCUUUUCUGAAAAUGAGCAGCCGACGGCGACGAUGCAAGCGUCAGUUGAUCAAGUUUACCCAGCAUAUUGCUCGAUUAAUCACAGGAACUCUGAACUCAGAUAAUGAGGACGAGGAACAAGAGAGCACAACGGUGCGGUAUCACCCUGAAAAUCUGGAGCAACUGCAGUCGCAGACCCAUUUCUCAAGACAAGAGCUGCAGUUACUCUAUAGAGGAUUCAAGAAUGAUUGUCCGAGUGGAGUUGUGAAUGAGGACACAUUUAAAAACAUCUAUGCUGUGUUCUUCCCACUGGGAGAUUCAUCAAAGUAUGCUCAGUUUCUCUUCAAUGCAUUUGAUAAAGAUAAGAAUGGCUCUCUUAGCUUUGAGGAGUUAGUCUGUGAUCUCUCUGUUUUGUUGAGAGGCACUACUGAAGAGAAGCUGAAUUGGGCUUUCAAUCUAUAUGACAUCAACAAAGAUGGACAGAUUACUAAAGAGGAGAUGUUGGAUAUUUUGAAGUCUGUUUAUGAUUUGAUGGGGAAAUCUAUCCAUCCAAGGCUUAAAGAGGAGGCAGUGAGGCAACACGUCAGAAUGUUUUUCCAAAAAAUGGACAUAAACCAGGAUGGUGUUGUAACUAUUGAUGAAUUCAUUGACUGCUGCCAAAAAGAUGAAAAUAUCAUGCAGUCUCUUAAGAUUUUUGACAAUGCAGUCUAGAUGUUAAUCAGGAAUUUCAACAGUACUUGGACAAUUCUGAGCAACACUCGUUGGAUAAUUUCAUCUUUUCUGUGCUGCUGUUCCGUUCAGGACAGAGCUGGACAACUCUGGCCUGCUCCAGAUGCCUGUGAAGUGACUGCUGAAUGUAUACAUACCUAGGGAGAAGUUUGGGGGCUGUAGUGUGAUGCAAAUGUAAGGUCAAUGUUAGUGGUAGAACAGCAACUGCUUUUACUAAACAACAUCAGUGUUCUAGUAUUAUAAUGUGCUUCUGUGGUUACUGACCUGUCUCAUUUUUGUGUGCACUAACUAGCUGUUUAAUAUUAAUUGUAUCACACAUUUUCUUUUUCCACAGCUGAUCUCUAAGUACUCUUGGUAUACUUAGGUAGAGAUUAAAACCUUGUUUGACCCUAAACUUUUUAAUAUUUUUUCCAAUAGAUUAAUAAUUUACUAUGUUUACUUGCAAUUCUCAAGGUCAAGCAAGAACCAUGUAUCUAAAGUGAACACUCAAGUUUUCUUGAUGUCAAAUACGCACAUUGUUUUUAAAGUAACACUAGAUAGCCAAAAACUAGUUCUGAGGUUGUAGUUUUUUGUUUUUAUUUUAAUUAUCUCUAUAUAUUAUACUUGCAUAUGAUGCAAAAAAAAAAAAAAAUUUCUAAUUAACAAUGUUUCCAUAACACAAGGCCUAUAAUACUCGAAAGUGGUAGGGACACUUUUUUUUUUUUUUUUUGGGAAACCAAAACAAGUGAAGACUUCUUUUUGAAAAUAAAUAAGUGAAAAUAAAUAUUCCAUAUGCAUAAAAAGAGGAUGGCAUCUGUCAAUACUUCAAAAGCAGUUUUUUUGUGUUGAUUUGGCUUCUUUUCUCCUUAAUGAUGCACAAAAGAGGGUGAAGAUGAUCAGACAACCCAAAUAUUAUUUUGCCCUUGUUUUCUGUUCUCUAAGUGCAGAAAUGCUUUAUUGAUCAAGUACAUAACCAAUCAGUGUUCAAAACGAUCUCCUUACCUUAGACCGAUUCACAAUGGUAAGCUUGUAAUAAUGUUUUCUAAUUUGAGUGGUACUGGUAGGUUUCCAUGGAAAAUACGAGCUUGCCGCCUUUGCGUCAUUAUGUCACAUCUGUAUACGUAAAGAAGGAGUCCUGGCUAGUUGUUUAGAUCACAUUUAUGGAUGCAGCAGGUGGCAAGUCAUUUGUAGCCUCUUCUUGCAGCAGCUGGAAUAAAUAACAACUGGCAAAUCACCAGUAGUAAAAAGCAAAAGACUUUGGACAGUGGAGUGUCUGAAAUUAGAUUAUAUUCAAGUUUUAAAUGUGCAUCUGAUUACAGAUACAUGGGAUUACACUGUACUUACAAAAGAUUUGUAUUUCAAAGAGAACAAAUUCUAAGGAACAUUAAAUUGUUUUUUGAGGUUAAAAGAACAAUUUCUUCAGAUGGAAUUCAAAUGGUAUGACAACUAGAGAUUAGAUAGUGCAGAAACUGAAAUCUACAGAUAACACUAAUACACACUAAAUAACAUGUAGUCAUGCAAUGUUGAUGUUGUUAACAUGAACAAUUUAAGAACAAUGUAUAACAAUAAUAAUUUACACGGUUUGAUGUGAGCUGAGCUAACUUUGCGAUGUUAGAUCUAAUCACCAUUGGUAGCGCAAUUUAAUGUACUUUUUUUUUUUUUUUUUCGUUGGUCAGAUCAAAAGUGGCAGACAUGUUACUUGCUUUUUCAGGUGACGUUUUCUGGUGAAACUUCUGAUUUUGGACAUACUUCCAAGACGUAGCAUCUGUAAUUCAGAAGUACAGUGAAUAUCCACACUGGUGCGCUGACUGACAGCCCACACAUACACCUCAAAAUAUUAUGUUAAUUCACGCUGAGGAGCUGUGCUGAUGCACAACCUAUGUAAAGAAGAUAAUUCUGCAAAUAACUGCAAUUGCAGAUUUCAAACAGAGAUGGCGACUAAGAGGCAAAACUUACAGUCUGCAGUUUAAGUAGUUAGUGAAACUGUACUACUGUAGAUUAGGAUGCCUGGACAAGGUAACAUUACUAAUAAUACUACAUCUCUGAUAUUUUACAAGGAAUUAAUGCUAACUAGUAAUUAUAUACGACUCUCAAUAACAUCUUGGCUCCCCUUAGAAGGGGAACGAGACACUGCAUCAUGGAGUUCAAGCUAUGGGAACACUCCAUGUGAGACAAUGUCUGAAGCACAUGUGUUACAGCCAGUCUCGAUUGGCUACUGCAGUCAGGUGACAUCACAGGUGCGCUGGCAGGGUAUAAAAGGGCACCUAGUGAAGACAUCAUCAACUUCAUAUUGUCUGAAGAAAGAUGUACUGUACAGGCAUGACGGAAGUAUGGCAACCCCUUUGGAAGUGGAACUCAACACUGCGUCAUAGAGUUGACGCUAUGGGAAUGUAAUACCCACAUCGCCAUACUGAACAAAUGCCAGCUCACUGUGCUGUAAAAUUACACAGCGAUCUAGGCUGUAGCCAAGAAAUUGCAAGCACACCUAGUGACCAAGAACUAAAUAGCUUGAAGUGCGGCAUAUGCAGCUCAAUACCUGGAGAGAGAGCGUCUGGAGUGGAACGCCACACCAGCUCUACACAGGAGCUUUCUCAAUGUGAAGCUGUCAUAGUAGGUGCAGCCAGUCCCCUCGAGGGCUUACAGAGUGGGCUCUUCUCCUAACAAAUAAUGCACAACUUAUGAGAGUAUAUCAUCUAAAAUUUUUUCUUUCUCCUAGCCACACAUACACACCGAAAAUGACAUGCACAGACAGACAAAUGGCUUCCUAAAGACAGAGAAGCUGAUGAUGUCUUGACACUGCAAUGGCGCCCUUUUAUACUCUGCCAGCACACCUGUGAUGUCACCUGACUGCGGUAGCCAAACAAGAUUGGCAUGUAACACACAUGCUUCAGACACCAGCUCGCACAGAGUAUUCCUAGAGAGUCACCUCCAUGUUGCAGUGUUGUGUUCCACUUCGAAAGGGAACUGACAGUUUCAAUUUAUUCUUUUGUUUUGUAUUUGUUGUUUUGUAUGUUAAAUGUCCAGAAUAUAAAAUAUACCAGCGUUAAGGAAAUUAGGCUUUGAUAAAGAUUUAAUAUCAAUUGGUACAAAUAUUUAAUAACAAAAAGAGAAGAGAUGCUUCUAAGUCAGAGUGCCUCCUCUUUCUCAGGUAGGAAGGUAUGUAGUUAGUCAUUGGCUGAUGACAUAAUAGUUAUUUUGUUCAGUCUGUCAUUGUCAAUAAAAUGGACAUUGCACUGCACUGAAGAUCUGAAAUUAUAGAGAAUUCUAAGAUACAACUGAUUUUUUUCAACAUAGUAUAUAGUUUUUGACAAAUGAUGAGAGGUGGUACCAAUAAAUGGUGCACUUUUGAUGGUACUGUACAUUCUAAUAGAUGAUUGUCUAAUAGAUGAUUGCCUAAUUCUAAUUAAAACUGCAUUCCAAAAUAGUUCUUCUGUGACUUUUUAGAUAUUUGAAAAAUGUAACUACUCAGAGGAAUAAUUUUGUGGUCAUAUUAUUAGUGUUUAUUGUAAAUGUUAUAUUCUCUUGUGU